GGGGAGGGCAGCUUCCCCUCGCCUUUAAUGAGCCGACGGCGACUUUGUGCUUUGGGGAAUUUCCAGCGGCCCCGGGACAUUUUCUCAUCCGGAUGCAGAGCUCAGGACGGGGAAGCGAGCGGCCCUGCACCGGCACCCGGCCAUGGAGCAGUGUGCGGGCAGCGGCGGCACCGAGCCGGGCCACGGCGGCCUAGGAAAGCUGCAGGCCUGGGAGCCCGGCGCGGCCGAUGAGCGAUGUGAGUCCGCCUGCGACUCGGCCUACGGCUCCGGCCUGUUGGAGAGCUUCAGCUCCCGCUGCUCGCUGGCCGAGAGCGGCGGCGAUGAGGCGGCCGAGCCCGCCGAGCCCGCCGAGCCCGAGGAGCGGUUUGAGCCCUGGAGCUACCUAAGCGAGGAGGGGGACACGUUCCUCCACCUCUGCAUCAUCCAUGAAGAGGAGAGCCUGGCACUGGCUUUCAUCAGCCAGUCCGAGACAGCCUACCUGAACUGGCAGAAUGACCUUUUCCAGACUCCGCUGCACCUGGCCAUUUACACCCAGCAGGCAAGCGUGGUGCGCCAGCUGGUGCUGAAGGGAGCAGACGCGGGGCUGCAGGACCGUAAUGGCAACACCGCGCUCCACCUGGCCUGUCAGUACGGCCUGGAGGGGUGCCUGCGCGCCCUGACGCAGCCUGCCUCGGCCAAGGAGCUCGCCCUUGUUGGGUGCAACACCGCUGACGUGCUGGCCACUCAGAACCUGGAACGCCACAACUGGCAAGGGUUGACCUGUUUGCAUGUGGCGGUUCUGUGCCGAAGGGAGGAGAUCGUACAGCAGCUGUUGGAGACCGGAGCCAAGAUCAAUACACAGGACGCGACGAGUGGGCGGACGGCCCUGCACUUGGCGGUGGAGCUGGGAGAAGCUGGCCUUGUGCGGCGGCUGCUGUGGGCGGGCGGAGACGUGGACGCGCCCAUGUACAACGGCUGCACCCCGCUGCACCUGGCGGUUGGGCGUCUGGACGCACCGCUGGCUGCCGCCCUGUACCAGGCCGGCGCUGACCCACUGCGCCCCAACCUGGAGCAGGAGACACCUCUCGACCUGGCCAACAGCAACUCGGUUCUGGAGCUGUGGCCCUUCGACGACCUGAGGUUACGCGGUCGGCCGGUCAUGUGACAGCUCAGUGGAUGGCGGACUGCGCGCGGUGCUUCCGAGGAUCGGGGGGCCGGUGGUGACGGAGAAUUGCCCUCCCUGACCAGUGGCUGGACCACUGGGGACCCUGCACCCACACCCAGGGGGCCCGUAGACCGACCCCCACCACCUCUGCUCUCCCACCCAAGCGAUGGGGCAGCCACCGCUCCUCGAAGACGAGGCUUGCUCGCGUCUCUCAGGGAUGGCCCUGUGGUUCGAUCCUGCAGGAUAGGCAGACCUCCGAGCCAAAGAAAACGGAAUAAACUCGGCCCAUUCUGCACCUGUCUUGCUGCUGCUACCGAGUCUUCUUCCCCACCCCACCCCACCCUAGCAUUAGCCCUCUUUUUGAUCCAUAUUUAAAUAAAUAUGAAUCUAAAAGAUAGAAAUGUAUAGAAAUCUGUAAUAUAUACGCCUAAGACUUGUGCUUCCCUCUCCCUUCCCCUUUUCCCAACCAUGAUUCCCCUCUCCCUGCCCCCUUCCCACUCUCAGUCCACAAUAGAGACCCAGAUCAGAAUCAGGCUUGUCAUCACUCACACACGUCAUGAAAUUUGUUUUGUUUUCUGGUUGCAGUACAGUGCAAUACAUCAAAUUGCCACAGUACUGUGCAGAAGUCUCGGGCACCCUAGCGAUGUAAAUGUGUCCAAGACUUUUGCACAGUACUCCUCCCUCUCCCUCGUGCAAUCGCACCCUCUCUGUCCGCACGGUAACGGGCCCUACUGGCCCAGUGAGCCUGCGCCGCCCCAUCACGUCCCCAUGACCCGUUCGUGUCUGGACGGUGGGAGGAAACUGGAGCAGCCAGAGGAAAGCCACAGGAAGAAGGUGCAGACUCCUUACAGGCAGCGCCAGGAACUGAUCCCGGGUCGCUGGUGCUCGCCACAUCCCAUCCCCUGGUUGAAUGCUGUAUUAUUGUCCAAGAUCAGCGAGAAAACUUGCUUUUGCCUGCCAUCUGCACAGAUCAUCCCAAACAUCAAUGCAUCAGGGUCGUUCAUCGUGUGCCGUGUCGUAUGACGUGGCCGAUCACGGCCGUGAUUGUCCUUGGCAAGCUGUGGUUUGCCAUUGCCACUUUACAAGACGGGCAACCCCAGCCAUUAUGGGUACUCUUCAGAGAUCGCCUGCCUGGCAUAACCGGGACUUGUGAUGUGCACCAGCUGCACGUACGACCAUCCACCCCCACUAUCGAGACGUUACACUGGGAAAAGCAGUUACAAUGAGUGGCCUUGGACUGUACUCGCUGGAAUUCAGAAGAAUGAGAGGAGACCUUAUAGAGAUAUAAAGGGAUAGAUAGGAUAGAGGCAGGAAAGUUACUUCCACUGGUAGGUCAGGCUAGAACUAGCGGACACGGCUUCAAGAUUCGGGGGAGUAGAUUUCGGACGGAGAUGAGGAGGAGAGUGGUGAAUCUGUGGAGUUCUCUCCCAAUGAAGCAGUGGAGGCUACUUCAGUAAAUAUAUUUAAGACAAGGUUGGAUAGAUUUUUGCAUAAGAGGAAAUUGAGAUUUAUGGGGAAAAGGCAGGUAGAUGGUCAGAUCAGGCAUGAUCUUAUUGAAAGGUGGAGCAGGCUCGACGGGCCAGAUGGCCGACUCCUGCUCCUAUUUCUUAUGUUCUUAAUGCAGAAUAGAGUGUUACAAUUACGAGGAAAGGGCUCCCACAAAGUAGAUGAUGAGGCCAACAACCCAUCUGAAUCAUACAGGAGGUCUGCUAACAGCAGGAUAGAAGCUGUCUGUGAGCCUGGAGUCCGUGCUCUCGAGGUACUGUGGGAAGGGGGAGAAAAGAGAAAGCUUGGGGUGGGAGGGGCCCUCGAUUAUGCUGGCCUCUUUCCUGAUGGAGUCAGUGUGGAGGGGAGACUGGCUUAAGUAAGGGACUGGGCCGUGUCCACCACCCUGUGAUAUUUUGCAGUCUUGACCCUCAUCAUUCUUGGGUACGUCCUGGGGACCCUGCCCAGCUGUCAGAACCACUAUUUCCCCUCCACAUAUACACCCCGAACCCCACACCUGCGGCCCAGAAGCUGGUCGCCCAUGUCAGGCUCUGCAGGUGUGAGAUCAGAGCCCGGUUGGCUCGCUUGGCAAUGCUGGAACACUGUCUUCCCAACGGGAUGUUAGCCCAGAUCCUUCCCUGACGGUCACGUGAAGAUCUGGCGCUGUUACAGGGUGAACUGUAGCACGCCCUGCUGAUGUUUACACUGCCAUCCAUGUUACAAAAAUAUUACUAAACUGCUGCUUUGAAGAGUUGGCUUUGUGCAAACUAGAUUCUGAAAAAGGAACGCUAUUCUGAAUGUGAUAUUGUUUGUAAGAUACCUGCAUUUGUCCUUAACCUCUUUCCACCUUGUUUCCUCCAGAAACCCACAUAUUUUUAGAUUUCCUUCACACUGAUUAGAUUUGGCCCCAUUGGGCCGGGGUUUUAAGCGGGAGGAUUACGUGGAGCGGCAGGACAGGUGUGCAGCUGAACUGCCCGAGCAGGUUACUGGCAGAAUCCAUCCCACGGUAGCGUAGCGGUCAGAACAACGCUAUUGCAGCUCAGGGCAGUUCCGUCCUGGCGUCCACUGAAUGGGAACUGUACAUUCUCCCCGCGGAAUGUGUGGGUUUCCUCCGGGUGCUCUGGUUUCCUCCCACAGCCCAAAGACGUACCGGUUGGUAGGUUCAUUGGUCACUAUAAAAUAGGCUAGGGUUAAAUCAGGGGGCUGGGCAGCACAGCUCUAAAGGCCAUGAGGGCCUGUUUCAUGCUGUAUCUCAAUAAAAAUAACAAACUUAAACUAUCCUCGGCCACAUUAACCAAGGAAGCUUUACAAAUGAAGGGUGAAGAGUCUCGACCCAGAGCAUCGAUUGUCUGUUCCUCGCCACAGAUGCUGCCUCACCUGCCGAGUUGCUCCACCACUUUGUGAGUUGCACCCACCAUCUUCCCUGUCUAAACCAGCCCCCCUCGCAAAAUGCUGGAGGGGCUCACAAGUUGGGCAGCAGCUAUGGAGGGGGAUAAACAGUCAACCUUUCUGGUUCCUCACCCCAGAUGCUGCCUGACCUGCCGAGUUCCUCCACCACUUUGUGUGUUUGCUGCUCUGAAUUUCCAGCAUCUGCAGAAUCUCUUGUGAUUGACGUUCCAGUGGAAACAAUGCAGUUUUCUCCUUGCAUUCUGGUGUGCAACUCUUCCGGACUUUCUCCAAAUCCUCCACACCGUUCCUGUAAUAGGGCAACCAGAAAUGCGCACAAUGAGUGGGGCCUAACCAUCACACUGUGUGGGUGAACGGCCAUGCAAGAACUGAAAUGCUGCUAUGCACACAGCUUCUUGCCACACCGCUGGAAUCUUAUGUAAUGUUAAUAUCGUUUUGAAAUCAUGCUAAUAUAAUUGUGGACUACCCUGUAAUUAAUUGUGUUAAUGAAUAUGGUCCAUAAAUUUCCUGAAUAAUAAACUUACCACAACCUUUACUUUGAAGCAUUUUAGCGCUUCAGCAUAUUUAUAUUAACAGUGUUUUAUGUUACAACACUGUUACAAAUUGUAACAAUACACAGAGAAUGGAAGUUGGUAGCUCUUUGUUAAUAAACCGCUGGCCAGCUGAAUGCCGAUGCCAUCUAGUCGAAACAUUUUACUUUUGCCAUUGUGCCUGUUUUGACUGCCUGGCAUUGUUUACUAAUGUAGAGUUUUGGUUUGUGUUUGUUUGGUGUGCAGAUUACAAAAUAAAACAUUGAAAGUAC